AGUGGCUGCCUGCUGGAUCUCUGCCUUCCCCUCUUUCCUCUCUUUCCUCUGGAUAUGGAGAUCAAAGGCCCAGAGACUCCCAGCAUCCAACAGCAGAUGGAGAGCUUCCACAGACUACCUGCGAGCACAACUAAGUCUCAUCACCCGAGAGCACUGCAGCUUUUGGAGUAGUUUUGCCUCCAGAGUUUUCUCCCCACCUGUGCAGAGGGAAACACAGAAGUGAUACCUCUCCUGGUUAAUGUUAAUUUUUCUUCUUAUCGCAGCCUCGUCCUGUGCGCAGAGCUCCAGGCUCUGAACUCUAUCUCCUCCCCUUUUCUCUUUCACUCGUUCAGCUGUCACUCUGUCCAUCACUCUCAGGAUAUCCCCUUCCCUCUUUCUAGGGUUUCAUAAUGCAUCAGGAUCUCAUUCAGAGGCAGGGGUGGAUUUCAUCCCGCUGCUUUCUCCUUGUUUGAGGAUAUGGACGGGUAUUGAGAGCUGCUUCAGCAUGAAUCAACAGACUGGGGUCAUGGAAAUAAUAAAAGGUCACAGGCCAGUGCCUCACAGAGCCUCCAACUUAACUUUGAAUAACUAAUAUGUUUUUUAAUUAUUAACCACUGUUUUCUAGCUGAGGCAGUUUUUCAGGAGCAGUUUUUUUGUAUGUGUAUGUUUUGGAUCUGACGGAUAUACAAUCAUGGGGAAUGCAGCAGGAAGCAUGGAGGUACCCCAGGGGAAGGAGGGCAAGACGGUGUUGGCCCCUCCAGGCUCCUCGGGCUCCCAAAAAAGAACAGCAGGGCUGAAACUCCCGAUGCCACCUGAGGAAGAACUAGAGCAACGCUUCGGCGCAGUGCUGAACACGAUGAAUCUUCCUCCAGACAAGGUGAAGAUCCUCAGUCAGUAUGACAAUGAGAAGAAGUGGGACCUGAUCUGUGACCAGGAGCGGUUUCAAGUGAAGAAUCCACCAUCUGCUUAUCUGGAGAAACUGAAGAGUCAUCUGGAUCAUGGAGGAGUCAGUCGGAAGUUUAAGAGACGUGUCCAAGAAUCCACUCAGAUCCUGAGAGAGUUGGAGAUUUCCCUGAGGACCAAUUACAUCGGCUGGGCUGAGGAGUUCCUGAAUGAGGAAAACCAAGGCUUAGAUGUUCUGGUAGAUUAUCUGUCCUUUGCACACAGUGCUGUCACGCACGAUGUGGACACUUUGGACAACGGCACGCUGCCCACAGACAAAAGCAAAAUUGUGGACAAGUCAGUGGAAGAUCUGAGCAGAAGUGCCAGUAACUCACCGACCCACAGUGCCUCUAAGGCCAGCAAGGCCUUCACAGUCAGAUUCAACUCUCUCCAAAACAGGAAAGCUCUGAGGAACUCUCGUGUUGUGAGCCAGACAGACGACGUUCAUCUCUGCAUCAUGUGUUUACGUGCCAUCAUGAACUAUCAGACUGGCUUCAACCUGGUGAUGAAGCAUCCUUCUUGUGUCAACGAGAUCACACUCAGCCUCAACAACAGGAACCCGAGGACCAAGGCGCUGGUGCUGGAGCUGCUGGCGGCCGUCUGUUUGGUCAGAGGAGGCCAUGACAUCAUCCUCUCUGCCUUCGACAACUUUGAAGAGGUGUGUGGAGAGAAAAGCAGGUUUGAGAAGCUGAUGGAAUAUUUCCGUCACGAGGACAACAACAUCGACUUCAUGGUGGCCUGUAUGCAGUUCAUAAACAUCGUGGUCCACUCAGUGGAAAACAUGAACUUCAGAGUCCACCUGCAGUACGAGUUCACUCAUCACGGGCUGGACGACUACCUGGAGAGGUUAAAGUUCACAGAGAGCGACAGGCUGCUGGUGCAGAUUCAGGCCUAUCUGGACAACGUGUUCGAUGUGGGAGCUCUGCUGGAGGACGCAGAGACCAAGAACGCUCUGCUGGAGCACAUGGAGGAGCUGCAGGAGCACAACACGCAGCUGAGCUCCAGGCUUCAGGAGAGUGAGAGGGAGGCGAUGGAGAAAGUGUCAGAGAUGGAGAAGAAGCUCAUUCAGACGACAAAAGAGGUGGAGCUCUUAAAGGAGAGUCUGCGUGAAUCCUGCUCCCAGGUGACGCUGCUGCAGCAGCGAGAACGAGAGAGAGAGCUCGAACGUGAGCGGGAAAGAGAGCGCGAGACAGACAGAGAUCGAUGCACUCAGGCCCUGAGGGAGCUGGAGGUUAAAGUCCAGGCUCUGGUGGAGCAGGGGCUGGUCAGGAUGGAGCGCUCCUCCUCUGGACAGCUGGAUGUUCAGGUGGUCCCCGUCAUCCAGCACGUGAUCCAGAAAGCUAAAGAAGAAACAGAUUCAGGUAAAGACCAGGAGGCGUCUCCCUCCUCCUCAGACCUUCAGCCUCAACUCUCUGAGGCUCCUCUGCAGUCAGCGACAGUACAAGCUCCUCCACCACCACCGCCUCCUCCUCCACCUCCCCCUCCUCCUCCACCUUCAGGCUCAACUGCAACUCCUCCUCCUCCUCCUCCUCCUCCACCGCCACCAGCAGCUCCACCACCCCUGCUGCCUCCUGGAGGUGGUACGACCCAGCCAUCAGGGGACGUGACUGAUGGGAGCUCAGGCUGUAAAAAGAAGAAGCCGAUUCAAACCAAAUACCGAAUGCCACUGUUGAACUGGCAGGCUCUUAAAUCCAACCAGGUGGCAGGAACCAUCUUCAACGAGCUGGACGACGAGCACGUCUUAGAGGAGCUGAACAUGGCGACUUUUGAGGAGCAGUUUAAGACCAAGGCGCAGUCCGCCCCUGUAGAGCUCGGGACCCUCAAGAUGAAACUGGCCCAUAAGACCCCCAGUAAAGUGUCUCUAAUGGAGCCCAACAGGGCCAAAAACCUGGCUAUCACCCUGCGCAAGGAGGGAAUGGCUGCAUCUGAUAUCUGCUGCGCAAUUGAGACGUACAACCAGAGAGCUCUGAGCCUGGACUUCCUGGAGCUCCUGGAGCGUUUCAUCCCCACAGAGUACGAAAUGAAGCUCAUCCACAACUACGAGUACGAGGGCAGGCCCCUGGACGAGCUCAGCGAGGAGGACCGCUUCAUGGUGCUCUUCAGCAAGAUCCCGCGGCUCUCACAGCGCAUCAGCACGCUCACAUUCAUGGGCAAUUUCCCCGAGAGCGUCCAGCUAAUACAGCCGCAAAUGAACGCCAUCAUCGCUGCGUCGAUGUCGAUCAAAUCCUCCAGCAAACUGAAGAAAAUCCUCGAGAUCAUUUUAGCAUUUGGAAACUACAUGAACAGCAGCAAGCGAGGAGCAGCGUACGGCUUCCGCCUGCAGAGUCUAGAUCUGCUGUUAGACACCAAAUCGACAGACAGAAAACAGACGCUGCUGCAUUUCAUCGUCAACAUCAUCCAGGAGAAAUAUCCAGACGUCCAGUCCUUCUACACAGAGCUGCACUUCCUGGACAAGGCAGCGCUGGUUUCUAUUGACAGCAUCCUGCAGGAUGUGCGGGCUCUGGAGAGAGGCAUGGAGGUGACCAGGAGAGAGUUCACUGUAGAGAAAGACAAUCCUGUGCUGCAGACGUUUCUCAGCCGCAGCACCGAGCUGCUCGACUCGCUCAUAGCUGAUGGAAAAACUGCUCAGGAUGCUUACGACUCUGCUGUGGAGUACUUCGGCGAGAACUCUAAAACCACUCCGCCCUCCAUGUUCUUCCCCGUCUUUGUCAGGUUCAUCAAAGCAUACAAGCAAGCUGAGUGGGAGAACGAGCAGAGGAAGAAACAACACGUCCUGAACUGUGAAGCUCCGUCAACUCCACCUAAACCUGAAGUCACAGGGAAUAAGGUUUCUGUGACGUCCAGACUGCCACAGAUGGAUCUGAUAGCGGAGCUGAAGAAGAGGCAGGUGUCUCCUCUGGUGAGGGAGGGCAAGGACGGAGCCAUCGAGGACAUCAUCACAGAUUUAAGGAAUCAGCCGUACAGACGGACAGACGCCGGCAGACACAGCGCCAAGUGGAAACCAGGACAACAGCUGCACGUUUCCUCAGACAUCUCCCUCUGAAACAUACUGCAGACCACACUGACCGCUUCAACUAUAAAAGUACAAAAAGAUCAGGCACUGAACUCACCAUGGCAACCAUCUUGUUGUCUCGUGCAUGUUUGAGAAUGCAGAGGUGAAAACGCAUGUUUCAGAUAAAGGCUUCAAUCUCAAACUGUUCUCAAACAAAUAUUUUUGUGUUGGUGUCUGAAUAAAGUAAAGGCUUGGACGACUGUAGAGACGUUGUGUGAUUUGAAUGAUUGAACGUUAACGAGGGUGAAUCUUAGCUGUACUCGAUGUCAAUGACACUGGAUGUCAUCAGAGCUCAUUAAGACAAUGACAUGGAAGAAUUUAGCUGAUUUGUAAAGAGAGAGCUUCAUUAAUGCUGCUCAGCUCAGAGUGAACCUUCAAAGCAUUAGACACAAAGUUGGACACACAGAACACUCACACAUUAUUUACACAGUUCUCUUAAAAAUGCUCAAGUCAUGAUUUUUUUUUAAAAAUUAGUUUUAUUUUAAAUAGAAUAUUAAUUAUGGCUAUCCAUCUUUCUGUCUUGUAGAAGGUCUCAAGAUUUAGGCUGAAAAUUUGUUAUAUAUUUAAAUUAUUUUUAAUACUGAAGUGUAAGUAUGAGUAACGUCAACUUUGCUUCUGCAUUUCAAUAAAUAAACAAUUUUAUACCGUU